AUGCAAAUGGAAAUCCCCAGGAACAUCACGAUUCCUAAAUUUGAUCAGGACUCCCUAGUGGCCAUUGGCGAGCUAAUUAGUCACACUGUGGACUUCGAACAAUCCGAAUACCGGGGUCGAGCCACUGUGAGGCUGGGCCUUGACCGGAAUCUCGAUGAAUUAAGACGACAUUACGACGGCAUGAAUAGCUUCCUGGCAGAAAUUGUUGUUUCUACUACUCAGACAGUGCCUCAGUGGGCAGUUUCCCAUAUCAGAUCAUGCAUUUUUCUACCGCAGCUUGGAUUCCUCAUUGUUACCGAUCUUGAUCCGAGAAUUGGGAAAGGGAAAUUCCACGGGAACUGGCCUGAUGAGGAUCACUGGGAACAGGUUUUUGUUGCCGACGAUUCAGCUUAUUACAAAAAUGACAAUAUGCGUCACCUUGACGAUCAGUUCGGCGAUGUUUAUUGCAAAAUAGCAGAUAGAGAAGUUGAGAUUCUCCAUAUCCUUUCCCAAGAGGUUUUAAAAUCCAGCGAGUCUCUGUCGGUGGCUUCCGACGCUUGCGGCGAUGUUAACGCCAUUCUCGCCUUGGCUCUAACUGCAGAGAAGUAUAAAUGGAUUGUCCCGAAAUUGACAACCAGAAGCGGCAUUCUCGAAAUUAAAAAGGGGCGACAUCCGUUGCAAGAACUAGUUGUACCAAGUUUUGUUCCCAACGACUGUCAUCUAGGAGGUGGAGGUCACAACGAGGACGAUUCGUGUGAAAAUCAGUCCAGAUGCAUGGUUCUUACCGGCCCCAAUCACUCAGGCAAGAGCGUUUUCUUGAAGCAAGUAGGGCUCAUCGUAUAUCUCGCCCACAUAGGGAGCUUUGUCCCUGCAGAAAUGGCGGUAAUCAGUGUCACUGACCGGAUACUGACCCGUAUAUCAACACUGGAGAGCGUUCGUAAAGAAGAAAGUGCUUUUGCUAUCGACUUAAAACAGUUACUCAAUUCGAUAAAGCAGUCGACCUCGAAAAGUCUCUUGAUAAUCGAUGAGUUUGGGAAGGGGACUAAUUCAGAUGACGGUGCUGGACUCCUUGCAUCUUUCUUGGAACACUUAUCAUCGCUUGCAGUCAGAGCUCCCAGAAGUCUGCUCGCAACACACAUGCACGACCUCUUUGGCUGUCACCAGCUGUUUCCGGCCAGUGGUUUACAAAUAGCCCACAUGGAUGUACUCAAAGCACAAUGUGAAGGGGUCAAUUGUGACUACAUAACAUACUUAUUCAAGCUUCGUGAUGGGUAUAGCUCGGAUCGCUUCGGAGGUUACUGUGCAACUUUGAAUGGAGUUCCCAAUUUAGUCGUUGAACGUGCUAAUGUCCUAUCAAUGCUGCUCAGUCGCAAUGAGGACAUCACAAUUCCCUGCGCCAAACUUUCACCGGAAGAAGAGCUAAAGCUGCAGUCUGCUGAGACCGUUGCGCGGAAAUUUCUAGAGGACUUUCACACCUUAGUCAGCGAAGAGAAUUGUCUAUUGCAGGAUGCUCGACCUAUGUUGCAAAAUAUACUAUCCACAUAG